GAACCUCUGUAGCGAAGUUUUUAUCCGCGGUCUCACCCUCCGCAAAGAGAUCCUCGUGGGGGCGAGAUCGCCACGCCUCCCGCGUCUAUAUAAGCUACCGGUUCGACGUGGGAACCUCACUUGCACCCCGGCCACGGUCAGGAAAGGGUACGCGAACAUCAUCCACACACGGGGACGGAUCUGCCUCUCGAACACCCGGAAUAUUAAUAUUCUAUAUACCGUUGCGCGUAUCACUCGAGGAGGAGACAUGAAGUUCGGUCUGUUCUGGUUGGUCUGCUUGUUGAUCGUCCUCGCCGACAGGACCCUUGGUAGCCCCUACGUCGACGACGAGGAAGACUCGAUGCAGGUCGUGGAUUCAGAUUAUACAGACGACGCAUUGGAGAAUCUGAUGCGAGCGGCUCAACAAAAACGUACCUCGUUGAUCUACCUGUUUAGGCGGGCCUGCAUAAGACGGGGUGGAAACUGUGACCACCGGCCGAAAGACUGCUGCUACAGUUCCAGUUGCAGAUGCAAUUUGUGGGGCUCAAAUUGUCGGUGCCAACGAAUGGGCCUGUUUCAGAAAUGGGGCUAAACAGGGUGGAGGUCUUCACCUCUCCGUCUUACCCUCCCCCCUCCUCCUCUACCCUCCACCCUUACUUUCGGCGAGAAGGUUUCUCCCAUUAGCACCCGACGCGAUUAUCACACCUGCACGACUUUCAUUACGAUUACGAUCUCCAAGAUUUUUUUUUCUCAUUCGUUUCAAGAUCACUUGAAUUUGCAACUCCUUUCAUUCUGCUAUUUACGUUUUUUACCUGUACAGAUUCCUUUCUUUAAAAAAAAAAAAAAAAAAAAAUUAAUAUCUGUUGAUUAGAUUUAGAGAAAAUUUCAUUUGCGUGCUGCACCGUCACAGUCACGCUCCUCUUCCGGUUCUUUCGAUCGAGAAUUAGUUGUGUCGGUUCUCUUUAGUUGCAUUUUCUGCACGUAUCUCGCAUAUCUACCUCCCUCGUGUAUAAAUACUCGAACAAUGAACUAUGAAUCUAUCAACAGCCAGUUCCUCGUUUUUUUUUUUUUUUUUUUUUUUUGUUACACGUUCUUCUUUCGUUCUCUGCUUUUUGGUCCGCGUUGCCUUGUCUUCUUCCUUCUGUUUUUCUUUCUCUUUUCCAAUUCUUACCGAUUAAGAUGUCAAACUUCGAGGCCUUGCGCAAUCUGAAACCCCGUUUCGAAGCGUAGCGACAAGAGUUAGAUGCUUCCGACUGAAGGUUUUACUAUCCUUCUCGAUGUCGUUUGUAUAAUUUCAAUUGCGAGAAACGAACGAAACUAGCUGUCUAAGUAGCGUGUAAGAAAAGGGAAUGUAACGUGCGUGCGUUAAGGGGAAAGAAACGAACUAUUCCUGCUGUAAAACGACGAUAAUAAAGUUGCACGAACGAACGACAUGUUAAACGAUGAUAAUCCACGUGCGUGAGUCCGCGUGUAGCGCUGGGUGGUGUGCACGUUUUACGUUCGAAACUCGCCUACGUUCUUGUCAAUCUUUUAAUUAUAGCACCUCGUGCUACGGUACUUCGUGAUUACUUUCGAGUUAGAGCGGCAGCCGAAACGAACGAUAUCUCGCGCGAGAAAAAUGCAAUUUUGCUUCCUUCGAGGCGAACUGCUCCCCCCCAUUGCAAAAAUACACCACGGCACGAGUAUCCCUUGAAAACGUUCUGUUCCACGCGAGACGCUGUUGUGUAAUCGAGAAUCGUGUCUGCUGAUCUUGACGCGAUGGCCAUCAGAGAUAAAAGGAGAAGGAAAUUGUAUAAAACAGACGAGGACGAACUUGUUAAUCGUUAAAUUAAAAAAAAAAAAAAAAGAAAAACGUCAGGCUCGAUUCUCUUCAGUGCUUCAGACCGUCAUCUUCUUCGAUUGGAUGAUACAAAAA